ACGCGUAAACAAGAUGGUAUAUAGAGCUUUCAGCUGUGUUUGUAGUUGGUGACUGACCCGGAUAUUAUACAGUUUGGCACUGGGAAGGCGUCAUGAACCUAGCAAGUCAGAGUGCGGAGGCAGGAGCCGUACAGCUUCUUUUCGCAAACUUCAACCAGGAUAACACAUCAUUGGCUGUUGGUAGCAAAUCUGGAUACAAGUUUUUCUCUCUCUCGUCAGUGGAUAAACUCGAGCAGAUAUAUGAAUGCAAUGACACAGAGGAUGUCUGCAUUGUUGAGAGGCUGUUUUCAAGUAGUCUGGUUGCUAUUGUGAGCCUCAAAGCUCCUCGAAAGCUUAAAGUCUGUCAUUUUAAGAAGGGUACUGAGAUCUGUAACUACAGCUACUCCAACACAAUUCUUGCUGUGAAACUCAACCGUCAAAGACUGAUUGUUUGUCUGGAGGAAUCACUCUACAUUCACAAUAUAAGGGAUAUGAAGGUCUUGCACACUAUUCGCGAAACACCUCCCAACCCUUCAGGGCUCUGUGCGUUGUCGAUUAAUGGAGAAAAUUGCUACCUAGCAUAUCCUGGAAGUGCAUCCAUCGGAGAAGUCCAGGUGUUCGACACUGUUAAUUUGAGAGCUGCCAACAUGAUCCCUGCGCAUGACAGUCCUCUAGCAGCUUUAGCUUUUGAUGCUAGUGGUACUAAACUUGCUACCGCAUCAGAAAAGGGCACAGUAAUUCGUGUGUUUUCUAUUCCAGAGGGACAGAAACUUUUUGAGUUUCGUAGGGGUGUGAAAAGGUGUGUGAGCAUUUGUUCGUUGGCUUUCAGCAUGGACAGUAUCUUCCUUUCUGCCUCAAGUAACACAGAGACUGUGCACAUUUUCAAGUUGGAGACUAUCAAAGAAAAACCAUCUGAGGAACCUACUAGCUGGACUGGAUAUUUUGGAAGAGUCAUCAUGGCAUCUACAAGCUAUCUACCUUCCCAAGUCACAGAGAUGUUUAACCAGGGCAGAGCAUUUGCGACUGUACGGUUGCCUUUCUGUGGACACAAGAACAUCUGUGCUUUAGCUACGAUUCAAAAGAUCCCUCGUCUUCUGGUUGGAGCAGCUGAUGGUUAUUUAUACAUUUACAACUUUGACCCCCAGGAGGGAGGGGAAUGCACCUUGAUGAAACAACACAAGCUUGAUGGGAACAUGGAACCUUCAAGUGAAAUUCUUGAGUCUUCUUCCCAUGACAGGCCAGUUGCAGCACUUACUGCUAUAGUAACAAAAACAUAUCCACCACCAUCUCCAACAAGACAUGCCUAUGCUGAUGAUCUGGGUGCUGUUGGAGGAGCCAGUGAGGACGAUGAAAUCAGAAAUCUUCGACUAGAUGAAGAUAAUGAAAAUCCACCUAUGAUUCUACAAACAGAGUGACAAGAUUUGUGUUUGCUUUUUUCACAGAACUCUGAAACAUCCAAUUCUUGUUCUCCCUUGUUUGCUGCCAUAGACUUGAAGAAGAAAUGAGGAUCACUAAGUGAUUACAACAUUUUCAGUAUCUAUAGUAUAUAUAGUUACCAGAAAGAGUAGGGGUUAUCAACUCAAAAAAGUAAUUUUCUUCUGUUUCAGUGGUUUAAAAGUCUUUUUGUUUUAACAGCUUUGCUUUUGUUGCCAAAUUAUACUUGCAUCUUGAGUUGCAUGGCAUCUUUUGAAAAUCAUACUUUAAAAGAUACAAAACUGCUAAAGGUAUCUGACUUUGUGUCCUUUUAAACAGUUGAUGUGUGUAUAUUUCUUUACAUAUGUAAUCUGUACCAAUCUCUGUGUACAACAUAUACAAAAAAAACAUUUUAGAAUAUGUUUGGGAUGAGGCAUUACUGGUAAAAUUACUGGUAAAAUAUCUGUUUUUUUAAUGUUGUAAGAAGGUAGGCCAAGUGUGGGAAACUUUCUUGUACUUUGUGUAUUAAUGGACCAUUUAAUAAAUAAAAUCUGAAUGUGU